UGAGAUGUGAUGUGCACGAUUAUUCGUUGCAACCCCGCAGCCCCCCACCUCGAAUACAGCCCGGCUGCUUCCCUCGACUGCCGCCUUUCUCUGCUCCGUUCAGAACUUCCUUCGUCGACUGUCAUCUGCCAAGGGACGUCUCGUUUUUCUGUUACCAUUCAUCUGGUUUUUUUAGUGGCUGUCAUUCGCCAAUCCGCGAGACCGAAACCCGGAACUCAUGGAUCCCCUUAGUGUUACGGCAAGCACUAUUGGCAUCACGCAGUUUGCCAUGUCUAGCAUCGUCCAACUCCAUGAUUUUAUCGACAAUCUCGCCGAAGCUAAAGAAGUGGUCCAAGAUAUUGCUACAAACCUAGAGGGCGUCCAGCGUCCGUUAGCCGCUCUGAAGGAACUCACCACUUCAGACCAGGAGACUUAUGCCGCAGCCAAAGCCGAUCUGGAGAAAACUGGUGUCGGCGAGGCCGUGAACAAGUGCGGCGAGGCAUGCGCCAACUUUAUGGACAACCUGAAGAAAUGGACGAAAAAUUCCAGCGACAUGAAAUUUUCACUCAGAGAUCGCUUUUCAGUCGGAAUAUGGAAUAGAGAGAAGAUCCGGACAUUCCGAAUGCAACUUCAGUCUUGCCAGGCUACGGUCCAAUUCGCCAUUGAAAGUACCCAGCUAAUCGUUCAACUCCGCUCUGAAUAUAAGUUGCAGACCGAUGGCGAGAAAAUGAGGACGAAAUUACAGGCUCUCGAGGCCAAAAUCCAGGAGCAUAUAGAUCUCACCAAGAAUCAGCAAGAUGAAGCACAAAGGCGUAGGCAGGAGCUACAGAGGGAGCCAGCCGACGAAGAAGAUGGUGGUGCACAGCGGACUCUCGCUCUUCAGGAGGUUGAAAAGCAGUCGCGCUUACUAGAGGCUGACCGCGUUUCCUCUGCAGUGGUGUUCUCCCAGGUGCGAUCCGGACGGACGGGUCAGGAUAUUGGUAACGUCAUGACUUCCGAUGAUUCAAGGGCCUUGGUAGGACUGCCGGAGAGUGUCGUUGGAAAAGUCAACCAGCGGAUCAAAGACGUAACGACGCAGAAAAACUCCGCUGCAGCUGUAGGCGUUUUCGAUAAGACUGUCGACAUGAGAGGCUUCUUCAACAGGCCAUCGUAGCUACACUAGUUACCAAGACCUUGCAUGUGGAGAGGAGCGUAUUGCCUAAAAAUGGUUAUGAUUGACAGCCUUUGAC